GCGACCUACUAACACGCGCCACGAGCGCCUCCUGUCAGGCUCGACGUAGUUCCACCCCAUCGGAAGACGUCUCCGAAGACCCUAGAAAAUUCAAGUGAAAAUUUCUCGAGCCUAAGUAUUUUUCCGAGUCAAAUUCAAAAUUGGUCAUCGGAAUAUUUGCGGCAACGUCCACAAUCCCGAGUGAAAAUUCCACGAGCGAAAAUUGAAUUUCGAGUCAAAUUCAAGUUCGGUCAUCGAGAACCAUUCGUGGCAGCACCUAUCGGCAAACUCGAUGGAAAAUUCGAUGAAAGAGAAUCAAUUUCCGGAUAGAAAUCAUUUUAGUCACCGAUAAAUCAUUUGGUAGAUUAUUGAUUAUAUCGAGAAUAUUUAUUUCAAUAUUAUUUUCAAGUGAAAUCAAGUUUGGUUAAUACAUUUUCAACCAUAUUUAGCAAGCUAUAGUUUCAUUUUUCGUGCGUGGAUUGCUUUGAAAUUACCGAUGAAAUUCCGUGCGUAUAUUUUUGGCGGUUGGUGCGAUAAGUUUCAAUUUCAUUCAAGCAAGAGAAAUAUCUACUUUUCCGAGAUUUUCCACCCAAAAAAGGAAUAAUUCUUUUCGAAAUCGUUUCUCAAAAGAAGAUGGAUCUUUAAAUUUUGUCAGCAAAUUACUUCGACGGAGAUUUGGAGAUUUUUCUUUCAUGUAUGAUUUACAUAAACGGGCGCAGCGAAAAGAAUAAUCGUAUCAGUAAACGUAGACCAUUGUCAUGAAAUAAAUUUCAACUAAAAACCCCACCUAUAGCGUUGCCCACACCAUGACUCAACGCUUGCGUGAACUGGUCGUAAUGCUUAAAAAAACCGGGACACAUAAUUUUUUUCUACUUACAUGAAAUUAGAAAGCGAGCAUCAAUCCACAUGUAAAAAAGUUUAGUGUCGCCUGUCAAUCUGAAUCGCUGAUGUCUGUGUCGGCCCUGAAUAAGCGCAAAUUGCAAUAAAGCAACUUUGACGGAAACAGGGUUUCAGCGAGCGCAACUAACACUCCCAGUCAUAAAUGUCACGCAAAUUGUACACUAACGCAAGUUCGAGUAUGAAAUCAUCGGCUCAUAGUUCGAAGUGCAUAAAGCUGCGAAGAAAACGAUAGUGCCUCUUCCGAGUGUGAUAUUUUCGAAAAUUACCCGCCAAAAGGCGAAAUUUGCCGGUGCAAAGUUUUGAAGUUAUUAAUUUCGUAGUGUGUCAAAGCGAAAUAAGCUUUUGUGAUACAUUUUCCCUCAAGAUGAUUCAACGGCUGUUUCUUCAUUUGAGUGUCUUCCUCGUGUCCCUGAUGAAAAGCAACGCGGCAAGACCACAUAUCAUUUUCAUAUUGGCUGAUGACAUGGGCUGGAACGACGUAAGUUUUCACGGCUCGGAUCAAAUCCCAACGCCAAAUAUAGACGCUCUCGCUUACAACGGAGUUAUCUUGAACAACCUGUACGCUAUGCCCACGUGUACACCGUCUAGGGCGGCUCUGAUGACCGGGAAACAUCCAAUUCAUACAGGUAUGCAAGGAUCGCCCAUUUUUGCGGCAGAACCAACAGGGCUACCCCUGAACGAGAAACUCCUGCCUCAGUACCUGAAAGACCUGGGAUAUACAACAAGGAUGAUCGGCAAAUGGCACUUGGGUUACUAUCGGCAACCAUACAUUCCACUCAAUCGAGGCUUUGAUUCCCACUUUGGAUAUUACAACGGACUCAUGGGAUACUACAACCAUAUCAUUCAAGAUUCGUACCCGGGCCUUGGCGAGUUCAGCGGUCGUGACCUGCGAGAUAACCGGACGAUUCGGGCGGAUUUGAGCGGGCGGUACGCGACGGACCUGUUCACCGAGGAAGCGGAGCGGCUCAUCAGUGAACACUCGCCGGACCAACCGCUGUUCCUAUACAUGGCUCACCUAGCUGUUCACGCGGGGAACAAGGGGGCCGCACUGGAGGCCCCCCAGGAGACCAUCGCAAAGUUCCAGCACAUCACCGAGCCUAAUCGACAGAUUUACGCAGCCAUGGUAUCAAAACUGGACGAGUCGGUUGGCAGGGUUGUGGCAGCCUUGGGGCGGAAACGUAUGCUUGAGAACUCGAUUAUUGUCUUCAUGUCAGACAACGGAGCUCCAUCGCCGGACAUCCGAGGAGAGGGUGCCGAUUACGUCAAUUGGGGGUCAAACUACCCCUUCCGCGGGGUGAAGAACACACUGUGGAAUGGCGGAGUGCGAAGUGCAAGUUUCAUUUGGUCCCCACGGCUCCAACAAAGUCCUAGAGUAUGCAAUCAGCUGAUGCAUAUAACUGAUUGGUUGCCGACUCUUAUCAGUGCAGCAGAGGGGGAUCCAACUCAGUUGCCCAAAGAUUUGGACGGAAUUGAUCAAUGGGUCUCGCUUUUGUACGGAAUACCGUCUUCGAGAAAGUACCUUCUCAUAAAUAUUGACGAGAGAAGGAGAUUCGCUGCCAUUGUCAAGGAUUCUUGGAAGCUCACGAUUGGGACAUUCCUAAACGGGACGAAAGACGGCUUCUACGGGGACCAGUCCAAGUACCCGGGUCCGGCGUACCGACCCGCCGUCGUCCGGGAGUCCCUGGCUCACCAAGCGCUCUCGGCGAUGUCGCAAACCUACUCGCUGAGCCUCUCCGACGAGGAGCGGAUGCUGUCCAUGCGCCAGGAGGCCACUGUCCGGUGUCCAGGGGCCCGAUCCGAUCGAACCCCGUGUCCCGAGGGCCCGUGCCUCUUCAACCUGGAGACGGACCCCUGCGAGACCAACAACCUGGCCGUCAGCUACAUCAACAUCGCUAGUCAUCUCUUCGAAGUGCUCAAGUACUAUAAGCUGGGGCUCGUUUCGCAGAUCAACCGGCCGCCGGACCCGCUCAACGCCAAUCCGGCCAAGUUCAACAACACCUGGCAGUCCUGGGUUCUGUGAGAAUUGCGACGAUGGAAACAAGCAAUUUGGUCGUACGAACCGAAAGGUAUGCCGCAAUCACACGCUGAAUGUGGGAGCUGAAUGAGGCUUGAAUGUGGAAGUCAUCGGCCCGAUGCCUGAAUU